CGCCAGUGCAUUUCCUAUGUUUACUCUCCGAUUAGUUCAGUAGAAGGAAUAUUCUUUAUCGUAACCCAACAACAUGGCAAGUUUGCUUCAAGAGAAUCGACUCAGAUUACAACAGCGGAUAUCACAACGACUCAGAGGAGAUGUAAAGUCUUUCAUUACCAGAGAUAUAGUACCUCAAAGAUAUAUUCCUCGUAGACGAAGACGCCCAGAGGAACAUCUCCACACAGACCCAUUCCGAUUCCAAGCACAGGAUCUUUAUCGAGAUGGCGUUCUAAACGAGAAGUGGGCGCGACCGGAUAGUAAUCAAGAUCAUGGGGACUCUAUACAACUUCCUAUUUUCAAGCCAAGAUACACUGAAAUGCACACGCACAAAGGUGUUCCGAGCCAGAAAUACGUUGAUGUUAUACUCGACCGAAAGGGACCAAUGCAUAGGCUUCCCAGUCGAUAUCUUGGUAUAGCAUCAGGAAUACCGAAAAACAAAAAAUAUGACGACUCUUUAACCAUUCGGAGUUAUCGACACACCGAAGAUUCCUACCAAGAUUUAGUAAGCGUAGAUAAAGGAGAUUUUGCAGAUGAACCCCCUUAUGGUCGAAUUGUGCUCAUUGCACCACAUAAAAUUCAAUAUGCUCCACAAGAUUCAAAACGUAUUUACAAUAUUGAUAACACUUCGUCUGUAAUUAAACACAGAAUGGAACAGAAAAAUAUGGCUGCUUUGAAAGGAACAAAAUUAUCUUCAUCAUUAUAUGCAUCCACGGACAACUUCGAAGAAGCAAAACAGCAUGUCUCGAGAAGAAACGCAGAACUUCUCAGGAAGAUUGGAAAACGUCUGAGUGCAUCUGAUCGCAAGUUUAUUGGAGAAAUUACGUCACAACAAUCAUUGUUUCAGAAACAAAAAGCUAUUCGAACCCGAGAGGCGCCUCCUUUACCGCCAAUUAGAAUAACGGUCACUAAUCCCCUUCCCGUACCAUCACCAGAAUUAGAAUCUUCUCCAAAACAAGAAGCAAAACAAGAUGACUCUACUGUUUCGAAUGACAAUAUGAAAAAUAUGCCGUUACUCAAACUAUCCACACGUGACAGUGGACAUCUCAUGCCAGCCCCAAUUACAAAGAUAACUUUCCAAAGCUACAACGCUGAAAACUUGAAAAGGCCAAAAAAGUCUACAAACAACGUCCAAGUGGACAGAAUCGUACAGGAUAAUAUUGUUGCGAUACAUCCUCGCGCUGUUCCACGAUACGACGCGCCGUCUGUGAGAAUCUCAAACUUUGAAAUGUCUGAAAACCCGAGGCCAGAUAUGAUCUUUCGCAAAGAUGGGACCGUCGGACCUGCCCCACCUAGUACUAAUUACGUUCAUUUUCAAAAAACUACUAGACUUGGCGGACAGUCUCGAGUUUUACUUUCUUUAAAGAAUCGACAUUUUGCAAACGAUCGGGAGGAAAUACUGAGAUCCCUAAAAACUGGCGAGGAGCAAUUGGCAAUUCAUUCAAACGCCAGUGAUCUAGGCGAUUUUCACCAGCCUACAGGCCACCACGAAGGUAUGGUUUAUAGGAAAUUGGGAAGGAUCAAAGCAAUGAAGCGAUCCCUUAUGGUCGCUCACAAUGCCAUCAUGGCUGGUUCUGAUGCCGGCAAGAUAGAAAUAGAACAGUGA